GGCUCCUGGUGACAACUGCUCCCUGGCUUUUGAAGUGCAGCAUUAGGCGUUUCCUUUGCUUUGCUGCCUUGUCCCCUAUUGGAUCAGAAGCCUCUUUGCCACACAGAGUCAUUGGGUGGCAAAUGAAUAGGGGGAUUUGAUUAUUCAGAACGUCACCUCAUAUAUAUAUCAGAGAUUUGGGGGCUUGCAACUUUUCUCCUUUGACGUGGGGACAAGGAAAGCUGCCUCGCUCUUUAGAUCAGCCAGUGGACUAGGGCUUCAGCCUCUGCGCCUGCCAUGAAGAGGAACACCUUCAUCUUCACCACCGUUGGGCUAUGCUGUGCCAUCUUCGACACAUCAGCCUGGUCUGUGAACAACUUUCUCAUGACGGGACCCAAGGCCUAUCUGACGUAUUCCACCAGCGUCUCCGUGGGGGCGCACAGUGGGAUUGAAGAGUGCAAACACCAGUUUAACUGGGAGCGCUGGAACUGUCCAGAAAGUGCCCUUCAGCUCUCAACUCACAACAGACUCAGGAGCGCAACGAGAGAGACCUCUUUUGUCCACGCCAUCAGCUCAGCUGGAGUAAUGUACACUCUCACCAGGAACUGCAGCAUGGGUGACUUUGAUAACUGCGGCUGUGAUGACUCCAGGAACGGGCGUGUAGGUGGACGAGGAUGGGUCUGGGGAGGCUGCAGCGAUAAUGUGGAAUUUGGAGAGAGAAUUUCCAAACUGUUUGUGGACGGUUUGGAAACGGGACAAGAUGCCAGAGCGCUGAUGAAUCUGCAUAACAACGAAGCAGGGAGACUUGCCGUGAAAGAAAUGAUGAAGAGGACUUGCAAGUGCCAUGGGGUAUCGGGCAGCUGCAGCAUCCAGACCUGUUGGCUCCAGCUCGCCGAGUUUCGAGAAAUCGGGAAUUAUCUGAAAAUCAAAUAUGACCAGGCCCAGAAGUUGGAGAUGGACAAGAGGAGGAUGAGAGCCGGGAACAGUGCUGACAGCCGCAGGACCACAGUGGAGACCUUCAGCAACGUGCUGACCACAGAGCUGGUCUUCCUGGAAGAUUCUCCCAACUACUGCAUGCGCAAUGCCAGCCUGGGCCUGCAUGGCACGGAGGGGCGGGAAUGCCUGCAGGGCGGCAAGAACUUGUCUCAGUGGGAGCGGAGGAGCUGCAGACGGCUCUGCACCGAGUGUGGCCUCAGGAUAGAGGAGAGGAAGAUCGAGGUGGUCACCAACUGUCACUGCAAGUUUCGAUGGUGCUGCGUGGUGAACUGCCUGGACUGCAAGCAGACGGUCACCAAGUACUACUGCUCCGGGAGAAGGGCCAUGUCUAACAAAACCAGGCGGCGGAACAGGGGUCCCAAGAGAUAAGCAGCUCUGAGCCAGCAGACUCAGGACAUGGAGAUUCCUUUUCAAUUUUCUGCACGGGUCACCCCCAUCGCCGGGUUUGAGACUGGAAAGGAAUUUCCCCAUGGGGUGUACGGGCAGGACUCCAGGGGCAGGGGGUGGAGAGGAUGUCUACCUCCCGCAGCUCUGCAGCGGAGUUGCCCACUGGGAUCUGGUUCCUUGUGAUCCGCUAUGGUGCGACUAGCAUGAGCGAGGGCAGGUGGGCACGGGUGGGCCUCAGUCCUUCUGGUCUGUAAGUUUGCUCGUAACUAAUUUCAUUUGUCGCUUUAUUGAUGGAUCUGGCUGCAAAAAGCCAUUUGUUUUUCUUUUUUAAUGGGGCCCUGAUUCUGAUGUCCUUUACACCAGCAUAAAGCUAGGUGCAGGUUCAAGGGCAUCACACCAGGCAGCCAUGUAACUGGGAUCCCAACAGCGGUUGCUCCAAGCUGAAAUCUGCUCCUAGCCACACUUCUGGUUCUCUGCUGGCCUCACUGCCAUGGUACAAGUGCAAGGGCAGAGCGCCUGACCCCAGGGGGCUGCUGCACACACAGCUUGUAAAUAUUUUUUUAAUGUAAAACGUAUGCACUUUCUGACGUGAUAAGGGUUUCACAGUGUUGUGAUUUCUAUUGGGGCAGCUGCUGCUUUUUCACUUUGAGUGCUUUUGGAGGCUUACAGAUGCCAUUUACAGAUGGCAAGCAAGGUCUCUUUUCUUAAACCAAGUUUUAAAUUGGUGCAAGGGAAAUAGAAGUACUGCCUGUCUUUUUUGCUUUUCCUAUUUGUUUGGGAUGAAAAAAAAAACCCUUUAGAGUCUACCAACUGAAAGCAAAACUUCAGCUGAUGAGAAGUCAGCUUUCUCCAUGCAUAAUAAAGGAUAGUAACCAAACUUCAGCACACUACGUUUCCUGUGUCCACUCUGAUGGUGUCCUGAGAGUUUAGGUUUCUGGUACUAGAUUUUACGGUAAACACGUUAAUUAAAUUGCAGGCUUUCGCCCUUCUGGUAUAUUAUGACUGUGUUUA